AGCCGUUUGCACCAGCGCCUUCAUGCUAGCUAUCAAACAGGUUGCUCAUCCCGGUCGCCAGCGCACUGCGGGCGCGGAGACACGUCGCGACCGUCGUAAUGAGGAGCUCGGCAGCACACGACAAUUCACAUAAACGAGCGAGGAUGUGACUGCGUCAAAAAGAGAGAAAACACAACAACCUGAAGAUGGACAAGGAAAGCGAACUGACGUCUGCUGUCCCGGAGUUUGACCGUAAACACCACAGGACCACCAGCAGCGAGGCUCCUGGUCCCCACAGAGCAUCAGAUCCUUUCGUGUUACCAAAUCCUCAUCUGUCCGAACAGAUUUUAAGAAGGCACUGGUCAGAUGUGAGCCCGAAAGGGGGAGGAAGAGGGGGCGAUGUGUCCCGGAUUCAGGGCCGACCUGCGGACAGGUGCAUCCCCAAUCCACUGCCAAAGACAUCGAAACUCAACAGUAACUCUCAGGGUAAAACCGCGGGCAGGAAGUCACCGGAGGCCUCCAGAAAAGGUGUGUAUGGCUCCUCAGGAGAGGUGAGAGGCUUUAGAGGGGCCAGGUCGGCGCCGCACGCGGCGAGGACGUCAACGGCCGCGGAGAAAGACUUGGUUGCCUUCGAAGUGAAGAUGGCCGAUUUCCCAGAGUUGGAUGGCGUUUUGCUGAGGAAAGCGACUCCUCCAGCAGUUCAGAAAGCUUCCUGGGGUCCAAGUACGGAGUCCACAAGCCCACAAUCACCAGUCCCGGCAUCUUCGUUUAAGGCUCACAGGAGGAGAUCACCAAGACGGCACGACUCCCCAAAAACUAGCAGUGAAGCGAAGCCAGAAACCUCUGUUUCUACAGCCCAGCCAGCGGUAACAUCGUGGGCCAAUAUCGCCUCUCAGCCUCCGAAAAAAACAGUCACCACUGAGAGGACAAACAGCCUCAAGCAGCAGACAGAGGACACGGCUGUGCAGAAAGAAGAGGGAGCCCCUGGAAAGAAAAAACGGAAGAAAAAGAAGAAGAAAAAUGGUACUGAAGGUGGAGAAGCUGAGCCAGAAGUUCUAAACGUUCCACAAGAGCCUCCCAAAUUUGAGGAUGAGGAGGAAUUCCCCGGCCUGGCUGUGGCUCUCACUGGGACCGACAGGUUUCCAGCCAGCAGCAACACGCAGCUCUGCGCUAAGGAAAACCAAAGAGAAGGAGGACAGCAUCCGUCUGCUGACCCAAACAAGGAGAAGUCACCUCCAGGAAAAACGCAGAACGCAGAAAAAAAAGCACAGAAAGCAGAGAAGGUCUCUGGGAAAAAGAGCAAGGCCCCUGUCCAGCUGGACAUCGGAAACAUGCUGGCCACUCUGGAAAAGAAGCAACAGUCUCAGAAAGCAAAGCAGGACGCCAAGCCGGUCAUUCUCUCAGUUGGCGGAGGGUUGCCUGUGGUCCCAAAGCAACCAUUAACCCAGAAGAAGCUGCACGGGCAGCAGGAUAGAGUUGCGCACAAUCCCUUGGACUCAACCAGCCCUUUGAUCAAGAAAGGCAAGCAGAGAGAAGUGCCCAAGGCCAAGAAGCCCACUCCUCUUAAGAAAGCAAGUGGCUCUACUCACUUUUCUGUAAAUACGCAGGAGUUAAGUCAGGUCAUUUUAAAAGAACGAGAAGAGAGGAAACAGAAGCGUUUGUUAGAGGAGAGAGGAUUACUGCCUGAAAGCGAGUCUUUACCCCCUCAUGAGGACACAGAGGAGCAGUCAGACGCAGAGCUCGCAGGUCUGGGCAAACACGAGAAAGAGAUUCAAGUCGAGGAGUCGGAGGAUCAGCUGGAGCUAAAUGAUGGCAGUCCUCUCAAAGGAGAGGGGGAUGAAGAGGCCGAGCAGCAAGUCAUUGCCCACCCGGCCAAUGCUCCCCAAAUCCACAGCCGGAAGUUCAGAGACUACUGUAACCAGAUGCUGCAGAAGGACGUGGACGAGUGUGUGACGACCCUGCUGAAGGAGCUGGUCCGCUUCCAGGACCGGCUGUACCAGAAGGACCCCAUGAAGGCCCGGAUGAAGAGGAGGAUCGUGAUGGGCCUCCGAGAGGUCCUGAAGCACCUCAAGCUGAAGAAGGUCAAAUGUGUCAUCAUCUCGCCAAACUGUGAACGCAUCCAGUCCAAAGGCGGCCUGGACGAGGCCCUCCAGACCAUUAUCGACACGUGCCGCGAGCAGGGCGUGCCCUUUGUGUUCGCCCUGUCCCGGAAAACCCUGGGGCGCUGCGUCAACAAGGCCGUGCCGGUCAGCCUGGUGGGCAUCUUUAACUACGACGGCGCACAGGUCAGAGAGGCCGGCCGUUACGGCAGAUGGCCGCAGACAGCUUCUGCCCAGAAGCCCGACUUAACGCUGCCGCUCCCGCAGGACUACUACCACAAGAUGAUCGAGCUGUCGUCCGAAGCCAGAAGGGCCUACGAGGAGAUCGUGUCCGCCCUGCGGCAGAGCGGGCAGCCGGAGACGCAGCAGGACGCAAACGGCGUGCUCGAAGAACGCAACCCCAGUCCCGACGGCGCCAAGGAACCAGAGUACAUGAAAGUCUGGAAGAACCUGCUGGAGAAAGAAUGCAACCACGCAUUUCUGAACUUUGCGGAGCAGUUGAACUGCAUGCAUUUGGACAGUGAAUGUGCAGAAAAUACCCAAGAGGAGAAAAGUUGAUGGUGGAAAAGCCAUGUGUGCCCAAAAGGUCCCGAGGUAACGAACCACUUUCCUCAUGUUUACUGCGAGUCGGUCAUUCCUGAGCUAGCUAGCCGCGGAUAUCGAGUUCAUACGUCGCUGCCUGUGACUCGGCCUGCAGGACGGGAAGGGGUUUGUCACAGAAAACCACUAAUUAAGGAGUUGGAACGAUUACAGGCGAUGGUUUAGCGGUGGGGUUUUCUGUCAUUUGUGUUUUUCCCCCUAAUUUAUAUCAGAUUUAUAUCAGAAGAGGCAUUUUCAGAUAUUUUGGGAAAAAAACAUUUUUUUUCCCUCCAUUAUUUGACUGGAACAAUGUUAAUAAAUGAGGUGUGACGUAUCAGGGGGCUGAAACAAGACGGGCCGAGAGAUGAUUCAGAGCAGCUAAUGGUUGUGUAAAAGCCUGAAGUUUAAGAAUAUGAGAAGAGAGAGAAAAAAGACGCAGGGAAGAAAAGGAAACUCAAAUGAAGCAUUUAAAGCUGAGUGAAAAGCAUUAAUUUGUAAUUAGUUGAAUCUCUCAUGCCUUCAGCACUGGUGAUUUGUAUUUUCUUUAAUUAGAUGCCUCAGUUUCUUUGAGGAAAUAAAGAUAGAGAAACGUUUCCCCUGUUCAGGAAUGCACUCAUUUUGAUUAUAUUCUGAGAUAAUCACACAGCAGAUUCAGACGUUUGGUUUCUUUCUGGUUUUGUCAAAGCCAGUUACACAUUCUGAUUAUUUUUUUCUUCAUCUUUUCAACAUGCUCAUGUGAUUUAUUGUUGCCUUUUCAGAGGCAGGCUGAUGAAUUUGUUGGGCUUCAAACGGGAACAUUUUUGUAACAGUCUGACAUCCUAAAGAGACAAUUGUUUCAGUCUAGCUCGCAUUUAUUUUUAAUUGAGUCUUUCAUCUAACUCUUAUUUACUGUUUCCCCUUAAACUUGAAGAACCUAAGAAACAGAGGUAGCCUCUUCUUAGCAAGUGUGAAAUAUUUACAAAGUGAAACAGAAAGGUUUACAGUACUUCAAAAUGCUCAGUGACAAUCUUUUUUGGAAGAAGCACUACACGAUCAGAGGAGAAGUCGUGUUUAUGACUCAUUUUUAUGGAAAAGAAAUGCAGGGUGCUUACUUUAACAUCUCAUUUGCCGCAUGAAUAUUAGAGGUAAUUGUGCUGUUAAGUGAUGUUAGGUGGAAAUCAGCUUCUUGCAUCAUUUAUGUGUGUGUGAUCAUGUAUUAACGGGAGAUACUUUGACAUAAUGCUUAGUCCACUCUGAUAGGAAUUCAUUUUGACAAGUAAUGUGCGUUGUGGGAAAUUCACAUCGCAGUCUUACAUGUUGUUCGAUUCUGAUGUCUGUCUGUGUUAUAAAGAGACCGAACUGUGAAAAAAGUCAGACUCACACCUGCGGUAAGUGUGUGUCCGACGUGCAGCAAGCUGAGAUCGAAUGGAGACGUGCUGUAUUACUGGGGUGUGUUUUUAAUUAAGCUGUGUAUUAAAUACAUGACUCUAGAAAUGGAAGUAAGACAACACUGCAUUCUAAAUUCAUUUGUUUGUUUUUUAAAUCAGUAACGAUUUUUUUCUUUCUCAAAGAUAUUGAUUUGAGAGUGUUUGAAUAAAGAGGGAAAAAUGCAAUAUCA